GGGAGGAGACGCUCGGGCCUCAGCAGCUCUCACCAGCGGGCUUAUAUCGGACUGAUAAACAUCACUAUUUUAGGAGGCGAUGUUCAGAUUUGUUUGCCAUGGAAACGGAUAUGAUACCAAAAUUCUCCUCAAAAGACGAGGAAAUUAACUUCUGGAAGAGUCUUUCACUCAAGUACAAAACCAGCUGUGAGGAGGCUCAAGAGGAGCUGCUGGAGUUUCAGGAGGGAAGCAGAGAGCUGGAGGCCGAGCUGGAAGCACAGCUGAGCCAAGCCGAGCAUCGUAUGAAGGACCUGCAGUCUGAGAACCAGAGACUCAAGAAUGACGUCGAAACAUUCAAGGAUAAGCUGGAGCAGCAGUAUUCUCAGAGCUACAAACAGAUCUCCAUGCUGGAGGACGACCUCGGACAAACACGCAGCAUCAAGGAUCAGCUCCACAAAUAUGUCCGAGAGCUCGAACAGUCCAACGACGACUUGGAGAGAGCCAAAAGAGCUACUAUCGUGUCUCUGGAGAACUUCGAGCAGCGUCUGAACCAGGCCAUCGAGAGGAACGCCUUCCUAGAGAGCGAGCUGGAUGAGAAAGAGUCGCUUCUGGUUUCUGUGCAAAGAUUAAAGGAUGAAGCCAGAGACUUGCGGCAGGAGCUUGCUGUUCGUGAAAGACAGACAGAUGUAUCCAGGAUGUCCGCUCCCAGUUCGCCCACACAGGACAAUGAGAAGAUGGACACCGCUGUGCAAGCCUCUCUCUCUCUACCUGCUACCCCACUGAGCAAAGGUCUGGACAACGCCUUUGCCAACCCAACAGUGCUUUCAAACGGCUACGGAGGCAACUCACCAUUAACUCCCUCUGCAAGAAUAUCAGCCCUCAACAUCGUCAGUGAUUUACUCCGGAAAGUCGGGGCUCUGGAGUCAAAGCUCGCCGCUUGCAGGAACUUUGCCAAGGACCAGAAGGCCAGGAAGGCUUACGCUCUGGAGAACAGCAACAUCCUCAACGCAAACACAGCCAACUACUCACAGUCAUUCCACACGUCAUAUUUCGAUAAAGCCAGCAGGACAGUGACCGGACUGGAAACUGGUACUCUGACAGCCAUCACCGUCCCUCCUGCUGCCUCCUCUACUGGUUUAGUGCCCCUCAUUGUGUGACGGUAAUCC